AUGAAGAAUGCUUCUUCUUUCCUAGGCUAUUCUCGUCUGGCAGCAGAGAUCACUGCUGGAGAGAUAGACCAACGUGAACAAUUUGACUUCUCGACAGAGCACCCUAUCCCGAAGGCAGGAGCACCACGCUACGAGAACCUUCGAGCCCCGAACCAAUGGCCACCUGAAGAGUCGCUACCAGGAUUUCGAACAACAUUCACAGAGUAUAUGAACAGGAUGGGCGAGAUGUCUGUUGCAUUUACCUCAUUGAUCGCCCAGGCCAUUCAUCUGCCACAAGACGCUUUCUCCAAGUACUUUGACAAAGACCAACAACACAAACUAAAGAUUGUCAAAUACCCGGACGUCUCAACUCUUGGGCAAGAAGGAGGGACAGAUGUGCAAGGUGUCGGUCCGCAUAAGGAUUCGAUGCUCACAAGCUACCUGCUGCAAAUCACAGAUCAUCGCGGUCUGCAGGUGCAAAACGUAAAAGGUGAAUGGAUCGACUGUCCGCCCAUCCCUGGCACACUUGUAGUAGCUAUUGGGCAGGGACUUGAGGCCUUGACGCAGGGUGUUUGUGUGUCAACAACUCAUCGCGUCCUAUCGCCCUCUGCCGGCUCAGGUGCCAGACUAUCCAUUCCCUUCUUCCAGGGAGUGAGAUAUGAUGCGGAAUUUGAUGAACUGGAUGCAAUUGGUGUUGGUAGUGUUCCGGAAGCUAUCAAAGAGCAACGUCGACGUGUGAUUGAAAGGAAUGGGGGCAGGAUUGACGAUGUCGAGUUCACGUUCAAGAAGGGCAACAAAGCAAAGACACUUGGUGAGGCUACGCUGCGUAAUCGGGUCAAGAGUCACCAGGAUGUCGGCGAACGUUGGUACCCUGAUAUCCUUCAAGACCUCCGUGAGGAGUGGAAUUCGGCGAAGUAG